GCGCUGAGUUCGCAGAUCGCCACAGGGCUGCCCUCAUCCAGCGGGUGACCCAGGUCGGACCGCUGGCGGAUGAGCUGCUCUCAGUGGGCAUGAUCCACCAGGAGAGCUACUCCAGAGUCCUCGCUGCGGCCACCCCUCAGGACAGAAUGAGAGAGCUGUACUCAGCCCUGGACUCCGGGGGAGAGACCGUGAAAGACGCGUUUUACUCAGUCCUGCAGAGAGACUACAGUCACCUCGUCCACGACCUGGAUCCCUCGGCAGGACGUCUCCUUGCUCCAGCUUCACAAACGCCCCUCACAGGGUGGCUGCAGACGCUGAGAGACAAACACAAGGCAGCCCUGAAGAGGAGGUUUGAAGUCGUGUCUGAGGGGGUUGCUCAGCCGGGAGAGCAGACCCUCAUGGAUGACGUCUUCACACACGUGUGGAUAACGGAGGGCAGCUCUGCCGAGGUGGACCGUGGGCACGAGGUCAGGCAGCUGGAGACCGUCUCCAGGAGCAGGACGCCGGCGCUGCGCCGCAUCAGGUGCGCUGAUAUCUUCACGCCGAUGCCGGGGCAGGCCAGACCCAUCAGGACCGUCCUGAUGAAGGGAGUCGCGGGCAUCGGGAAGACGUUCUCCGUGCGGAAAUUCAUUCACGACUGGGCCGCCGGGCGCGAGAACCAGGACAUUGACUUCGUUUUCUUCUUCCCGUUCUGCGAGUUGAACUUGAUCAGGUCGGAAAUGAGUUUACUGGAGCUGGUUCAGUGUUUCUGCCCGGAGAUCCAGUCUUCUCACGUGUUUGACCAGUGCAAGGUCUUGUUCGUCUUCGAUGGACUGGACGAAACCAGGCUUCCUCUGAAGUUCAGGAUGAACCAGAGGUGGUCGGACUCAAGAAAGCCGACGUCAGUGGACACCCUCUUCACAAACCUCCUCAAGGGGAACCUCCUGAUCGAGGCCUCGGUCUGGAUCACGUCCAGGCCGGCCGCGGCCGGUCUGAUCCCUGCGGAGCUCGUCAGCAGGGUGACGGAGGUGCAGGGCUUUGAAGACCAGCAGAAGGAAGAGUACAUCCGGAAGAAGUGUGGAAACGAAGCUCUGGGAGAAGACGUCAUCGCUCAUAUAAAGACCCUCAGGAGUCUCCACAUGAUGUGCUAUGUCCCUGUUUUCUGCUGGAUUGUAGUAACAGUUUUGGUGCACACAUUGGAAGCGGACAACAGGGACAAUCCAAGGACUUUGACGGAUUUCUAUACAAACUUCCUUCUUGUCCUACUGACAGCCAAGGAAGAGAAGGAAAAGAAAGAGAAUGUCCUUGAAGCGAACAAGGAAGCGAUUCUUAAACUGGGAAGGCUGGCAUUUGAAAGUCUGGAAGAAAGCAACAUUGUAUUUUAUGACAAAGAUCUGAAAGAAUACGGCAUUGAUAUAAACAAUUCUUCGCUUUAUUCAGGGGUGUGUAGGGAAAUAUUCAAACAAAAUUCAUCCUUAUUUCAGGAAAAGGCCUACUGCUUUUUACAUCUGACCGUCCAGGAGUAUUUUGCAGCUCUGUAUGUUUUCGGUUCCUAUCAAAAAAGCAAUAUUAACCCACUGAAGAAAACAUUUGGGGACUUUCCCACUUUCGGGAAAAAGUCCUUGUUCAGUUUGAAUGAAGCUGCUCUGAUUAAGGCCAACAAGAGCAGAAAUGGCCACCUUGAUCUCUUUGUCCGAUUCCUGCUGGGAAUGGGAAUGGAGACAAACCAGGAUCUGUUGAAGGGAUUUCUGUCAAACGCAGAAGACCACUCCAGUGACAUCGAGAAGACAGCGGGAUUCAUCAAGAAGCUCAUUAGAGAAACCUCCUCUCCUGAAAGAUGCCUGAACCUUUUCCACUGUCUGAGUGAACUGAAGGACAAGUCAUUAAUGGAUGAAUUUAACGCCACUCUGGAAACAGGAAAACUCUCAAGGCAAAGACUCUCCCCCUCCCAGUGUUCCGCACUCGCCUAUUUCUCCCUGCUGUCUGAGAGUGAGAUCGAUGACCUGGACAUGAGCCAGUACGCUACGUCCGAAGAGUGUGCUCGGAGACUGCUGCCUCUGGCAAAGAUAUCAAAAUCUCUAAGGAUGCUGAGCUGUGGCCUGACAGAGCGAUGCUGUGAAGAUCUGGCCUCUAACCUUCAGUCACCACACUGCCGCCUCAGGGAGCUGGAUCUGAGCUACAACAGCCUGGGGGACUCAGGAGUGAACAUGCUGUCCGCGGCUCUGAGGGAGUCCAGCUGUGAAUUAGAAAAACUGAAGUUGGAGGACUGCAGACUCACGGAGAGAUGCUGUGGGCCCCUGGCCUCCGCGCUCCAGGCUCCGCGCUCCAGGCUGACAGAGCUGGAUCUGAGUUACAAUAAACUGGGCGACUCAGGGGUGAAGCUCUUGUCCGCAGCCCUGCAGGGUCCCAGGUGUAACUUAACGAUCCUGAGCCUGUCAGACUGUGGGCUUUCAGCAAGAGCUUGUGAAGAUCUGGCCUCUGCCAUCGCAUCGCCAGACUUCUGCCUGCGAGUGCUGGACCUGAGCUCCAACAGGCUGGGGGACUCGGGGGCCAAGCUGCUGUUCGCAGUCCUGAGGAACCCCGACUGUAAAUUAAGGUCUCUUGGGCUGUCAGACUGUGGGCUCACAGACAGGUGCUGCAGAGACCUGGCCUGGACUCUUCACUCAGAACACUACAGUCUCCGAGUGCUGAACCUGGGGGAGAAUAACCUGGGGGACACCGCGGUGAAGCUGCUGUCCGCAGCUCUGCGGGACCCCAAUUCGAAAUUAACAUCAUUGAGAUACUAACUCCCACGUGUGUCCAGAUGAUCUGUCCUGAUGAGGCCCCGUUGAGGAGAGAGAACAGCUCAAGUCCUCCAGCACAGCAUGAACAGAGGCUGGAGACCUGGGGACUCUUCCAAGCUGAGGUGUGUGGCUUGGAAGAGUGUAGAGCAGUACUGGGCUUUGCAUGCUGAUACCACAAGCUUGAAGUUCGUGCCCAGCUCAACGUAAACACACAAAGACGUCUGGUUUGCUAAUCACGUCACUCCUACUGAACGAAGUUCAAUCCAAUAAAACUUGACCGCACGGUACAACACCACUCUACAGCCUCUCAUCCUUGCGUUCUCUCUUGUGUACGUUGCCAGUCUAGAUGUUAUAUUAAGUGCUGUGGUGGCUGGACAGCCCUGCAGUAUCCCGAGAAGCCCUGUGGGGGAGGACAGACAUAGGCACGAGAAGCUCUGCAGUGCCCUGCUUCCUCUGUGAGAAUAAAUGGCCUGUUCCUACCGGUCCCAUCCUGCGGGGGGCGACGUUGUGGGGGUCCCAGGCGCCGCUGGCGGGGAACCUCUGUCUCGGACAGCCCCACUGGGAUCAUCCCGAAGAGAAAACAGCUCGUCCACAGUCCAGACCAGGGCCGGCGCCCGUGGAAACUGCAGGGCAUCUGAAAUCCUAAGGAGCGCGCAAUGUUUCGGUGGAAAGGACCCAAGUGCUCCACAUCACAUGGCUUUUAUAACUGACCUCAUCUCUCUCACCUGAAGGAGGCUCCACUCCAGCCUGUGAUUGGGGCUGGCAGCCAGUGGAAAG